AUGGCUAGAAUCCAUAAAACUAGUCACCCUGGGUCAUCGUCGAAACCCAGUGGUGAGUCUAGGCCUAGGAAAAUAUCUGUGGGCACUCAACAAUUAAUUGCCAAUUUUAGGUCUAGGUAUUGGAUUCCUUAUGACGUUCAAACAUCGGUAUUCGAACCCGAUGAACAUAAUGCUAUCAGCAAGACUCUUGAAGUAAUGCCCUUCUAUAGCAAGAGUAUCAUGGAGGAAGAAGAUAACCCGAAACUGAACUUGGAAGAAGACCUUGAUCGGACCACCGAGCAUUUUGAGGGUUUGACUGGAAUUGAGGAUCUUGAUCUUAAUCAUGAGCCUGAGCAUGCCAACCUUGGGAGUGCUUGGCCUGAUUUUGAUGUUCUCCUCAACGCACUCGUAGCUUCCAAACGUUUGGGUCUAGGGACCUCCUCUCGUUUGAUAGUGGCCUUACUUAUAACCACGCCUCUGGCCCUAGCCCCAUCAUGCAGGAACAAGCUUUUGCCACCUCUUCCCUUGAUUCCUCCGAUUGAAUUGAACGUUCCUCGGGGUAUCAAUAGGGAUUGGGAGACUAGGCUUGAGAAUGAGUGA